ACAGUUUGAGUUUUGGCAUUUUCGGUUGGGGAAUGAAUGAAUGAGUUAGUAAAAAAAGAAAAAAGACAGAAAACUGGUUAUACAUCAGGAUUCAGAGGCUCCACGCAUUCAGUAACCCCUCCCCAUUGCUCGAGAAAACUUUGAAGUGUUGCUUUCAUCAGUUGGAAAAAGAGGAAGCAAAAAGCCCUCACCCCCCCUUCCCCUUCCCCUUCUGAGUUUUUCUGACUCAUGAUUCUCUCUUAAUUACCACGUAUGCAUGCAAGGGUCACUUCCAAAAGUGGGAUCGAGCAUCUCAUGAAUCUCACUGACCUCACCUCCAAUUUCAUCCUGAUACAUAUUUUGUAGUACACUUGUGUGAAUAGUAUAUAUGAGCUAGCACUUGUAUAUCUGGUGUUUCAGAGGUUGGUUUCAUCCACUCAAAAAUAGAUAGAAUAGAUAUCAUAUAAUGGAAUCUAAGAGGAACACUGUUGUUGACAACUACAAAGAAGAAGAAGAAGAAAGUGAAGUGGAAAACAAUGAGACCCUCAAGAGAAGAAUCUCUAGUCAUCCUCUCUAUGAGCUUCUGGUUGAAGCUCACUUAGACUGUUUGAAGGUUGGCGACAUUUCCAAGUUGGACAGAGAGCUGAAGAAAGAGCAGAAGCAAGCAAUAAUGAAGAAACAAAACUCGGGCAUGUUCAACCACUCUGAGCUUGAUCUCUUCAUGGAAGCAUAUUGUUUGGCACUUAACAAGCUUAAAGAAGCAAUAGAGGAACCACAAAUGAAGUCCAUGGCUUUCAUAAACAACAUGCAUUCACAACUUAGGGAGCUCACUGAUGCAACCAUGCCUGCAGCACCAGCUGAAGAAGCAGCUAUUGCAUCUUCAAGUGAGUGCACAUUCAGAAAAAGCCCUACAAUUUAGUUAGAGGAUGGUGACUUAAUUUUCAGUGUCAGUGUCGGUGUAAUAAUAUUUAUCUCGCAGCUAGUUAGCUAGGCUACUAAGGCUUCCAUUAUUAUUCUCCUAUUGUCAAGUCUCUGCAGGUUAAGCGUUUUAAUAUGUGAAUGUAAAAGGCAUGAUGACUAUUGUUAUAAACUAAUCUGCACCAAUUCCUCUCA